ACCGUCUCGGCGCGGCGACAGUCGGCGGCGGAAACGGCAUCCGGCAACACCUGCAUCAUCACUCUCCGGGCCAGAAGCAGUCGUCUCGCCGCAGUGAUCCGCCGCACCCGAGACACGAACGUAUAAUAAUUAUAAAAUUGCCUGUGCAGGUAGAGUAAUAUUUUCUACUCGUCUAUAUCGUAUGCCGUACUAUUAUAGUAAACUCCACUGAAAAUCGUGUGCUACGUCGCCGCAUAGUAAUAAUAUAUCGGCCAUAUCGUAUAUUAUUGUUAUCCUUAAACGCGCUGCUCGGGUGAUACGUCAAGACAGAGUUGACCUGACCAGCAUUGGCCACCACGAGUAUUAUUACUAUUAUUGUAGUAUUUCGCACACCGCGACGUCCUCGGCCUGCAGGAUUAUAGCGGAAGCGGUGGACGUCCUAGUCUCGGCACACACAGUCGGUGGGCUGCAUACCUAUACCGAAAAACGCUUGUCGAUUAUCGAGAUUGUCGCGAGCACAACAGCAAUAAUAUAAAAAUUCAAAAAUAAUAUAUAUUAUCCUAUAAUAUUCGACCGUUCGUCGCAUACGCAUCGUAGCCGGAAGAUGAUGCACGCCAAUCGGCAGUGGCCCUUCCAGCGAUCCGGCAGCAACGGAAACGGCAUCGUGUACGGUGUCGACUACAACCAUGACGACGGAGGAGGCGCAGAUGAUGACGACGACGCCGCCGCCGAGGAGUUUGGAGACUUCGGUGGCGAUCCGACUGCAUCCAGCAGACGGUACUUGACUGUACAGCCAAAACAGUGGUGCACGUCGUACGUGGCCGCCAACCGACAACACUACAUACAUUCUACUGCAGAUUCAGCGGUAAACCACAACGGUGGAAUUGGAUUAGAGAACGAUGUCUACGGUGGCAGAUCAACAACUGAUUACUUCCGUUCGAAAACAAUGCCCAGGAGGACCGGAACGGCAACCGUGAUGGACGACUACGAUUACGGUAACGGUAACGACGGCGAAGGGAACGCCACGGCAGUCGGCGGAGGUGGCCACCGGCAGUGGCCCGCGUCGUCGGCGGACAUCAUCGAGUACGAUUCGUCCGCGGUCGCCGACACGCCGACGCCGCAGCAACAGCAACAGUUUCUACUACCUCAGCCACAGCAACACCACCACCAUCUGCAGCAGCAACAGACCAACGCGUUCCCGCAAAAACCCGGCGCCGCGGUGUCUGCGUACGACCAAAACUCGGCCGCCGCCCGCCGUGUCGCCCAAGCCGACCACAACUUAUCGGCCGGCGGUGGACACAAGUCCAUGGCCAAGUGGAAGACUCGUGCCCUGUACGUGUUUCUCGCUUGCCUGCUGGCAGUCGUCGUCGUCAACCUUACGCUCACGCUCUGGUUCAUCCGGGUCACGCAGUUCACGUCGGAGGGCAUGGGAUCUAUGAAGAUCACACAUGGCGGUCUCCGGUUGUCUGGCCGGACAUUGGUCACCAACCGGCUGGUGGCGUCGGCGAUACGCUCUCGGCCCGGACGUCCGCUUCUCAUCGAGUCCACUGCUAACGUCACACUGACUGCUCGCAAUUCACAGGGACGCCUGGUGAACAGUCUCAAAUUGACUAAAGAUGGUUUGGAGUGCGCACAAGCGAGCGUGUUCAAAGUGACCGAUACACGUGGCGAGACGCUGUUCUCGGCAGACCGGAGUAAAGUGAUAGUCGGUGCCCAAGAACUUCGAGUCACGGGUUCCGGUGGUGCCGUUUUUCAAGGCAGUGUCCAAACGCCAAUGGUUCGAGCCGAUUCUCGACACGACUUGAGGCUGGAGUCAGCGUCCAGAAGACUAGAGCUGAGUGGUCCCCAAGGAGUGACUAUCGAGUCCAGGGCCGGUGACAUAACCGUAUCGUGUCUGAUGGACGUCAAGUUGCAGUCGAUAGCAGGAGCGAUACAAAUCGACGCAGCCAAGGUGUUCCUCAAGGGCCUGAAGACGGUCAAGACUACGUCUUCGGCCAACACGGCAGCCGCAUCUGCGGGCGGGGACGAUGGCGGCGGCGGCAAGUCGACCGGCCAGCAGAAUUCCAUCGUCGGCGCAAAAAAGAGGGGCGCCGAAGACAAGUUGCCCAGCGUGUACCAGCUGUGCGUGUGCGGUAACGGCAAGGUGUUCAUGUCGCCGCCGGACGGUCAGUGCGCCGCCGACAACGAGAGCUUGGUGUGCCGGUGAACGGCCGGUGAACGGCCGGUACGUACCGCGGAUACCAAUACCGCGGUCGCGGUUUCGAUCCGAGUCAAGCGCGACAGGCAAGUCGUCAACCGCACUCAUUACAAUAUUAUUAUCAUACGCGUAAUCUUAUUAUUAUUAUUAUUAUUAUUAUUAUUAUUAUUAUUAUUAUUAUUAUUAUAUUAUAAAUAGUAGGUAUUAUUAUACGUCAUUAUUAAGUUUUUAUUCCAAUAUAUUCUAUUGAUGCGAUUCCCGCGUCCGUUCGUAUAUAUAAAAUAUAAUAAUUACGUCGUUAUUAAGUGUAGAACAAUAUUGUUAUAGUUUCCAUCUGUUUCAUAUUUUUUAACCAUUAAUGAUGAUAUUUUGUUUGUGUUUAUUUUCCACUCGAAUGUACCUCUUAAAAUAAUAUUAUCGUAUUAUAAUACAAACGAUCUAUCUGUGUCCGCUUCGUAUAAUAUAUAUACAUCCAAAUGUUACGCGCGUAGGAUAAUAAAAUUACAAAAAUAUAUAUUAUUCAAUCGAAUUCGAUAUAUUAUAUUAUAAUCUUAUAGAAACGUUAUAGUGAAACGAAGUUCGUCUGGAAUCCAGUCAAGACCUAUAAGUCUUCGUCGUCGAUUGAUUAUACAUGUCACGUUAUAGAAUAAUUGUCUACUACGCAACUUUUGCAAAUAAUAUAACUAUAUUAUAUACGCUUUUAUGUAUUAUAUAGAUCUGAUAAUUAUAUAUUUUCUUUUGAUUUUUUCAUGACGACAGAAGACAUAUUAUUUAUAUAACACUAAAUAGUUCGUAAAAAAACAAAGCGUAAAAAAUCUUAAGAAGCUUAGUAUAUAUUUCUAUUGUUAUCAUAUUAUUAUUACAACUGGCAAUUAGACACCUACACGAGUAUUGUUAUAGCGCUAUUAUCUUCAUCGACCAAAUAAUAAUGAUCUAGCUUCUACACCGAUUUACUACGCGUUUAAAUAUUAUUAUUAUUAUUAUCGUUAUACCUAAUAUCAUUAUAAUUUAUUAUUACGUAAUACUAUUGAUUAUAAAUCAAUGGUAAUACCUUGUGUGUUGUUAUAUAUUAUAUUAUAUUUUGUUAUCAUCGUCAAACUCGCUAUAUUAUACCUACGUCGUAUGUUUCUCAUGCGUUUCUUGUUUUUUUCCGGACGACUGAUAAUUAUUUAUUUAUAUCGUAACUAUAAAAUAUAGAAACAUAAUACAGUAGUUGCCAGUAUCCACUUAUUGGAUUCAUGGUUAAUUGACUCAUUUGCUUAUUGGAAACAGGCUGGUCCCAAUUUUAUUUAUACCAACCCAUAUAAAUGCGUAACAUAAAAACACAUAGUACACUGGUUAAUGGUGUCAUAGUGUAUUUUUAAGGGCAUAAUCCCUCAUUUGUUAGUACAUUUUCUCAAUUUUCUCUUAUAUAUUUUUAUGAUUAAUAUUAUUUCCUCGAAUCGUCACACUACAAACGUACUAAUAUGGGUUUGAAAAUAUUUUUUUUUUUUUACAUAAUUUGAAGCCAGUGAAAAACAAAAUUUUUGUAAAAAUAAAACUUUUCCUUUAUUAAUGACAACAUGUCAACAAACAUACCUACCUACCUACCUGCUAUGAAAUACCUAAUAUAAUAAUAAAUAUUUACAAGUACACAAUAUAGCCAAAUUUAAUACAACUUAUAAUGCAUAUUACAGAAAUAUUUUUAUUGUUGGACCUUUCACGUUAUUGACUCGUUCGGUUAAUAGAAUCACAUCACAUGCUCUGGUCCCAAAGUGAGUACAAUAAGUGGUGACUACUGUUUUGUAUAUUAUGUGACAUAAUAUUAUUGAUGUUUUGCCUUAAAUGUCAUGUUUUUUUCCUAUCUCGGCCGUCGCUGUCAUAAGAUAAUUGUACUUUAGGGCUUUUAUUUGAAUAAUUAUUAUAAGUGUACGGUUAUAGAUUUAUUGACAUUAGACACUUGAAGUUUUAUGCCAUCCAUCUAUAUAUUAUAAAUUUCAUCAUGUACUUGGGCAGUUUGCAAAUAUUAUUAUUAUUAUUAUUAUCAUAAUAUUGUUAAUACUUAAGACAACGUCAUUUGUAUAUAAUAAUAACAUUAUAUAAUUAUUAACCGAUUUGUGACAAUAUGUUCCCAAAAUGUUAUACCUAUAAAAAAUAUUAUUGUUCACGUGAAUAUUGUUGACGCUCGUGCGUAUUGUUUUGUGUUGUGUAGAAAACUGAAAAGGUAUAAAAUAUUAUAUAGGUAAUAUACGUAUAUGUAUUAUACUCGUUUUGUGUUUUACGUGUUUAUAAGACAAGAGAAUAAAUUGAUUGAGAAUUGAGAUUAUAAA